AUGUCUGAUAGUUUAGAAAACAUACCAGAAGAACCAAAAUACUCACCUAGAUCAGCUUAUAAUAUAAAUACUAGCUCGCCUGCACUAGCACCUGAUUUCGGAUUGAAAUUACUUGAAAAAGAGUAUGAAGUUGAGCAUGCCCUAACUUCAAAAUCUAUAUGCGAACUAGUAGAGCUUUAUACAGAAGCAAUUGAAUAUUACGAUUACAAUGAAAACCCCAUAUCUAAAAGUUUGCAAGAGAGAAUGCACUCUUUUCUUUCUCGAUUUGAUGUUGUCCAAGUUAUGAAAAGCCAUGCAAGUGCUGUAAAAAAGCUUAAAAGAAGACGCAACAUGAGAGAAAGGACAAAAACCAUUGAAAAACUCAAGAAAUUCUGUUCUAUAGAUCUUCCAGAGAAUUUCACCCCUACUCCAAACCAAAGAAUUGAUAAAAAUAUAAAUAGAGUUGUCCACCAGCAAGAUAGUAGAAGCCAUGAAUUUAUGCCAAAAGUAAUUCACAGCAUUUCAAUACAAGACCAAGACUUAAAUGAAAGAGUUUCGUCUAGAAAAUCGAAAUUAAAUCGGAGCAUUGACUAUGAAGACAAAAUGAUAAGUCCCAAAAGGACCAGGGCAAGGCUUUAUUCAGAUGAUAUUGUGCUUGAUAAUGUCCAAAUUUACAAGCCAAGUCCUUUUGAUAAGCUGCUUGAAAGCAUUGAGGAGUGUAGAUCAGAAGAAAGAAAAAGGACCGGCAUCGAAAUAGAAGAUGUACCAAUCGUUGGGCUUGAGUAUGAAAUGGAAUAUGACUCUGAGGAACCAUAA